AUGUUAGUGACGCCACUGUCAAAGGGGCGGGGAUUCUCUCUGCGGUCUGUUGUUGUUGUUCGGCUCGACGGAAGCUAAAACCUAACAGCUUCGCACGGAAAUGCGCUCACGACUUCUAUCAGAUCGACAGUAGUGCUGCUGACUCGGUGAAGGUCCCGUGAGCUCGGAUUGACCCGGUUCGCCCCCCCCCCCUCUGGGUCGGAUGACUCUGUCCCGUUAGCAUGUUGAAGCUAACGGGCCGGUGUUCUUAGCGUCAGCCUGUUAGUCGGCAGCUAGCGGGUCUUUGUUUCCGAGCUAACCGAGGUUCUUCGCAGUAUGUCCCGCUGCGUACCCCCCGCACAGCUCGAUUCCGCGUUAACGUCACGUUCAGCGGCUCGCGUCUGUGUUAAUUGAAUGCCGGGUUUAUCGGGGAGCUCCGUUAUCCUCGGUAGCCGCUCGGUUCGGAGCCGAGGUCUGCUAACAGCUGACAUGCAGCGCUCAGCUCUGUGACCUUGGACUCUUCACCAUUAUCUUCAUCAGAACAUCAGGGUUAUCAUGGCCCUCAAAACAGACUGCAGGCAGGGUGUGGUUUGCCUCCUCCUCCUCACAGGAUGCUUUUCUGCCUCUCAGAGGAAUGAAAAUGUCUAUGUGUCAGGGAUUUCUAAUGCCUGCAGUGACGUGGCAGAGCUCCUGCGGGCAUCCAGCGGUAUAAUCACCAGCCCCGGAUGGCCCUUCCAGUAUCCAGCCCGAAUGAACUGCAGCUGGAAUAUCAGGGCACGACCUGGAGAUGCCAUCACCAUCAGCUUCCAGGACUUUGACCUACAGGGUUCCCAUCGCUGCACCUCAGACUGGAUGUCCAUCAGCAGCUACAGGAACCUGGAUGGACUCCGGGUUUGUGGCUCCUCCUUGCCACCACCCUACAUCUCCUCUCAGGACCAUUUGUGGAUCCACUUCCACUCGGAUGACAGCCUGACGGGAAAAGGCUUCAGACUGUCAUACAUCAGCGGUAAGCCGCUGGCAUCCAGCUGUGAUGUGGACCAGUUCCACUGCUCAAAUGGGAAGUGCAUCCCAGACUGGUGGCGCUGUAACUCCAUGGACGAAUGCGGUGACAAUUCAGAUGAAGAGAUGUGUGUGGACUCGCCAUUCUCCUUCCAGCCCUGCAGCCUGAACCAGUUCCCCUGCCUGUCUCGCUACACCCGCAUCUACACCUGCUUGCCCCACAGCCUGCGCUGCGACGGUAGCAUCGACUGCCAGGACCUUGGCGAUGAGAUAGACUGUGAUGUUCCCACCUGUGGCGAGUUGUUGAGGAACUUCUAUGGUUCUUUCAGCUCUCCAAACUAUCCUGAUUUCUACCCUCCAGGAAGUAACUGCACCUGGCUGAUUGACACUGGAGACCACCGAAAGGUUAUCCUAAGGUUCACAGAUUUUAAACUUGAUGGGACUGGCUAUGGCGACUAUGUCAAAGUCUAUGAUGGGCUGGAGGAGAACCCCCGUCGCCUUCUCAGGGUGCUGACUGCCUUUGACUCCAGAGCGCCGGUCGCUGUGGUUUCAUCAUCUGGUCAGCUCCGAGUUCACUUCUACGCUGACAAGAUCAAUGCGGCCAGAGGCUUCAACGUCACCUACCAGGUGGAUGGGUUCUGCCUGCCCUGGGAGGUUCCAUGCGGGGGGAACUGGGGCUGUUACACCGAGCAGCAGCGCUGCGAUGGGUACUGGCACUGCCCCAACGGUCGGGAUGAGCUAAACUGCUCCUCUUGUCAGGAGGAUGAGUUCCCCUGCUCCAGAAACGGAGCCUGUUACCCUCGGUCGGACCGCUGCAACUACCAGAACCGCUGUCCCAAUGGUUCUGAUGAGAAGAACUGCUUCUUCUGCCAGCCAGGAAACUUCCACUGUAAGAAUAAUCGCUGUGUGUUUGAGUCGUGGGUUUGCGACGCACAGGAUGACUGUGGGGAUGGCAGCGACGAGGAGAGUUGUCCUGUCAUUGUUCCCACACGAGUCAUCACAGCUGCCGUCAUUGGCAGCCUCAUCUGUGGCCUCUUAUUGGUCAUUGCCCUUGGUUGCACAUGCAAGCUGUACUCGCUGCGCAUGUUUGAACGCAGGUCAUUUGAGACCCAGCUGUCCAGAGUGGAGGCGGAGCUGCUGAGGAGGGAAGCCCCGCCCUCUUAUGGUCAGCUGAUUGCGCAGGGACUGAUCCCACCUGUGGAGGAUUUCCCAGUGUGCUCAGGGAGCCAGGCCUCUGUCCUGGAAAAUCUUCGUCUGGCAGUCCGCUCUCAGCUCGGCUUCACAUCCCUCAGGCUGCCCUCCUCUGGUCGUCGUAGCAACCUGUGGCGUCGCCUCUUUACUUUCUCACGGUCCCGGCGCUCAGGUUCUUUGGCUCUGGUCUCUGCAGACCUGGAGGACAGCGCUGGCACUGGUAGCACCGGAAGCUCCGGCUCAGACCUGUUGUCUCCAGACUCGGAUGAUACAGACACUGAGGGCGAGCGAGGGCGAGGCAUCAGUGCAGUGGGUGGGCCUGUUUCACCCCUCCCCCAGAAGACCCCGCCUCCCUCCGCUGUAGAGGCUGUGCUUUCGAUGACACCUUCUGUGACCCUGACAUCUGGCCGAGACAAUGACAGGCCUAGAGAGGCCCUCCCUCCAUCCAGCCCUGUCACUAUAGUAACCUCCAGUCCAGAUCCCGAAUGUCACAGUGACACCUCUGACCUCUCCGCCCCAGCUGCCUCUGCCCUGCAGCGCCUGGCCCAAAACCUGCACCGCUUAGCUAGAAAUCUGACAAGAACAAGUCAGAACCAGCAGAGCCAGACCUGGAGCAAUCAUAGCCCACUGCACCAGCUGGAGACAGGAAGAGGUGGGGUUGAAGUCACAGAGCGACGGGGGAGUGGAGAGGAAGACGAAGAUGUGGAGCUCCUGAUCCCCGUCUCUGACUCAGAUUCCUCUUCCUCGUCCUUGCUUGUCAGCGACAUCCGACAACCUCUGCUCGAGUCAUACCCCUCCUCCACUGUGAACCAUGCCCCCCGCCAUCACAAUGGGAACAGUGGUCGAGGAGGGCGGGAUGGCCCCUGUGAACACUGCGGAAUGGUCCACACAGCUCAGAUCCCUGAUGCUUGCCUGGAAGCGACUGGCAAAACAGAGAGCAGUGAUGAUGAGCUGCUGCUGCUAUGCUAACAGGCGAACUGAAAGGCUAACACUAGCCCUACUCCUUCAGUGUUCUAACACACUAAGUGCAGCUGUAGGCCUGUCGGUUAGCAUGUUAACAACAUGCUAACAUGUUAACAACAGCAUGUUAACAACAUGCUAACUGACAGGAAAGCACUGCACAAUGCCACACACCUCACUCCUCACACACUGAGAGGGGUGGGAUUAUUAUAUUAUAGCAUCCUAGCUGGAUCUGUGAUGUCAAAGGUAAACAAACUGAGUGAUGUCACUGAUUGAAUUUUAUUUGGUACGACUUUAAAAACAGUCCCUCUGUUUCCCGGUCUAUCUGUUAAAGCGCUGCCCAACCUUAGGUACGACUGAAUUCUAGAGUUCCCAAGCAGGAGAGGGUCAUUGACCGUUGGAGGCAGCCAAACACUUCUUCCUAAAAUCUAAGGCCAGGCCACAUAAGAUAAGAUAACCUUUAUUAGUCCCACGCGUGGGAAAUUUGUUUCCCAAACAUAUAGCCCUCCCCCCAAUUGUUCAGUUGGCAUUUACUUUA